CGCAGUUCUCAUCACCGCGCCUUCGUAUGAGUCGCGUUUUGCUGUCUGCCUCCCCCCGCACCCCGCGACGAGUCUCGCCCGCAUUCUAGUUGUGGGUGUCGCGCCGUGCAGUCAUCGCGAGUGCCGCCGAACUCAGUGCGCCGUUUGUGAGUGCUUUAGUUCCCGCUCGAGUGUCAGUGUGACGGAAGAACCCCUUUCCUGCAGCGGAGGAUGUUAACAGCUCACGAUAACAGCUGUUGACGUCCGCAGAAGCCAGCCUUCGGCCGUUUUCGUUCUACCCCCAGCUUCUCACACCCCCUCCAAGAUUGCUGCCACUAUGGGUCGGAAGAAAAUACAAAUAUCCCGGAUCACGGACGAACGGAAUCGGCAGGUGACGUUCAACAAACGUAAAUUCGGAGUGAUGAAGAAGGCGUACGAACUCAGCGUGUUAUGUGACUGUGAGAUCGCUCUUAUCAUCUUCAGCUCAAACAACAAAUUGUACCAAUACGCGAGCACGGACAUGGACAAAGUUCUGCUUAAAUACACGGAAUACAACGAGCCCCACGAGUCACUGACCAACCGCAACAUCAUCGAGGCACUAACGAAGAAAGAGCAUAAGAACGGAGUGAUGUCACCCGACAGCCCUGACGCCGAACCAGAAUACAACCUUACCCCACGGACCGAAGCCAAAUACUCGAAGAUUGAUGAGGAAUUCCAAAUGAUGAUGCAAAGAAACCAAUUGAAUGGAAACCGAGUUGGAGUCAGCGUAACUGGAAGCAACUACAACCUGCCCGUGAGCGUUCCAGUGGGAAGUUACGAUCAGUCACUUCUACAAGCUAGUCCACAGAUGCAUACCUCUAUAAGUCCACGGCCUUCGUCUUCGGAAACCGAUUCAGUUUACCCCAGCGGCGGAAUGCUUGAGAUGUCUAACGGAUACCCAGGGUCAGGGUCGCCCCUAGGCGCCGGCUGUACGCCAUCACCUUCGCCAGGGCCGGCACCAUCCCCCCACCGACACCCGCAUAAGCCGCAUGCGCACGCGCCGCCGCCGCACCACUCGCCUCGACACAACAACCUGCGUGUAGUCAUACCUAGUUCGAUGCCUCCACCGCAGGAUGACAUAUCUUAUACAGGAGAGGUGAAUUUUCAGACACCACUAGGCUAUUCAGGACUCAGCAACUUCGCACCACAGGACUUCAGCAUGAGCUCGGACAUGGGAAUCGGAUUAUCUUGGGGAGCGCACCAACUGCAGACCCUCCAGCACAACAGGUACAUUAGCAGCUUGCCAGUGCUUGGUGGUGGGGGGACCCCGCCGCCGGCCGCGUCGCCUAGCAACGUGAAGAUCAAAGCAGAGCCCGUCUCGCCACCUCGCGCGCCGGACCAUCUGCACCGCGCCCCGCCCCCUGCGCCUGCGCCUCAACCCGCACAUCUAUCUGGAGUUAUUGAUGGUUCUGUCACGUCAAGCAACAUGGGCUCGCCGGCUGGGCAGGACAUGAGGCACACCAACGCGCUGCCGCUCGACUACGAGCAGCCUCACACAAAACGGCCGCGGAUCGAAGGCUGGGCCACAUAGCUAGGCUAUGAGGCCUUCGGUUCCUACCCGAGGCCCCUCCACCCGCACUGCUAAGCCCGCCGCUCCAAGAGACUAACCCUUGGUUGAUACAGGCGCGACAAUAUCGAGCUUCGAUUGACCGUCCUCCGUUGAAACCUUUCCCUCGACGGUGCUGCAAACGAUCAGUGACAGUGCUAUCGUAUACAUGGAAAGGUGCAUACAAGGUGCUCACAUUUUAUGGCACGGUCGACGCGCAUUCGCUAAUGAACAUUUUUAAUAAUACACCUAGUUUACCAUUGUAAAGAUUUUAAGAAUCCAUGUUAAAAUUGAAUGUUCAAGUUUACACUACCCUUCUAUUAUACGUAAUUAUUGUAACUGCACAUGUGAGUACACUAAAGUUAAGAUUAAAUGUUAAAUUAAGUACAACAGUAGUGGCAGCCCUUCUGAACAAUUUUGUAAUUUAGAUAGAGUUCAAAUUCCUCUGUACAUAACAUCAUUAUAUGUGCAAUCCGUGCCAUUGUCUGUUUAGCUUAAAGUUAGUCAAUUUGGAUUAGUGACGGAUGAACAAAAUAGUAUAAUGCACUAAAUUUCUGGUAUUAGUGACGGCUUGGACGGUUUAAGUGCGUGGUGUAAAGACUAUCAAGCGUGAAGUGCGUAAGACUUAAAAACGACUGUUGACUUUUGUGUUAGUGUUUUAAAAAGUUUUUGUGCCAUUUUAAAAAUAAUAAUAGUGUGACAUCCGAACUUGAAUCUAUGUAAAUUUAGUAAGCGUGUAGUGUCAUCACAGAAAAUAAUAAAGUUAUGUAUUGUAAAAUCUACUAUAUCUAUUGACAUAUUUAUACAUGAGAAUCAUAAUGUUAUUUACAUAAUAUGUAUACACGUCCCAUUAGGAACGAAUGUUAAGUAAGUAGGUAAAGUUAGCUAGAGAUGAGUAUAAAAAGUACCACACGAAGCUUUAAAAUUUCUUAUGAUUACACUCGCACCCUAAGCAGUUUUAAGUAAAGCAUCACGAUUUGUAUAUCCUAUUGAAAUUAGAGCUCCUUACAAUAAAAUUUCUGCAGCAGACUUAUUUGAGAUUGCGACAAAAUUUUGCAAGUUCUUAUUUUUUGAAGGCUAUUGAUCUAUGAUUUAUGGAGCUCUUCGUUGAAGUUAUUGAUUGCAAAGAUCUGCAUAAAUGAUUCUAACUUUCAUUAAUACUGAAUACUGAAUGAUGUUGUUUGAAUUUCGAAUGAGUGAUCCAAAAAUCGCUUCAAUAAAUCUUUACGUAUGUAGCUGCUCUUAGAGCAUCCGGUACUUCGGAAGACACUUGAGUCAAAUGUGUCCUUAAUUUUCUUAAUCUUUUCAAUCUCAGGGUCUACAAAGCUUUUCUUCUAAAUGGAAGAGCGCCCAUGUGACUGACUAUAAUAAUCUUUUAUGACAUAUCCUUAAGAAUGACUGAAGUGUCCUCUGCAACCUAUAGAACAAAAAAAAACAAGCUACUCAUUUCAGACCAAAAUUUAUAGAGUCAAUUUUGAAUAAAAUUUGUAUUGUUAAGGCGUUAAGAUAUGUGUGUAGUGGCUACAUGGUUUAAUAAGUACUUGCUUGUUGUUAGUACAUUUUAUUUUGUUAAUGUGAUCUGAAGAUGCAUUUUAAUUUCUAUUAGAGUAGUGACAGUGUACAAUAUUUACCUACGAAUGAGUAAAAUCAGCUUUAAUGCACUCACCUAAAGUAUAUUUUAAUAUCGUACCUAUUUUGGUAUAACACUAUAUCACAAUCCGCCCUAUUUUUAGAUAAUAUUGUCAAAAUAUUAUGGGAAUCAUCACUUAUUGAUUAAUCCCCUAUGUCCAAGGACGAAUAUAGUAUUUACACAUAUUAUAUUAAACGUAUUUAAUCAUAAAUGUAUUUAUAAUCAUCAGCAUUGUCUUCAAUGUUACUAUCAUCUUAAAUAGCAUGAUCGUUUAGUUCACUCCCCUUGUACUUCUCACUGUAGAUGCCUUACUCACAGUGCCUAAAUGUACCAUUUUGUACCAAUUUGUAUAUGAUAGCAUUUUUGCUUUAAUAUUUUUUCACAUCCUAAUAAUUUAAGUCUGAACUUGUUAAAUUGUCAUGACCGUGGAAAAUCCAUAAGUUUAAAAUGUGUUCUGCGAUCAUGACAUGACAAUAUAUGCUGUACCAUAAUUUAAAACAGUCGAACUGUUCAUUAACUUGUGAUUGUAAUCUAUGUAUAAAAUUCUUACAAAGACAAAGAAAAAUAAGUAGUUCAUUUGGACGGCUGAAUAAAACGAUAGAUUUAAAUGAAACGAAAAAAAUAUUCAUGUCACAGUCAUUAAAAUGAACUUCUUGUUUUUCGACGAAUUUUUAGUCAUACUUUACCAGUCGAUCAUAUAACAAUGGAACUUCUAUUGUUUCAUGUCAGAUCAAUGUUGAAUGUGUGAAGAAAAAUUUUCAUCGUAGUAUAUUAUGUACAUUUAAGACAUCACUUAUAGGUAAUCCUUCAAAUCACAAUAACAAAAUGUUGACGUACGAUUGUUAAAUUUGUACAGGGAAUAACCAGUUUUGAAGUUCAAAAGUCUGAACGCAUAAGAUAUGUAUUUUCGCAUUGUAUAAUAAGUACACGGUUAGUUGUAAAACGAAUUAAUAUUUUAAUACCGGAGCAUAAUAAAUGUUGACCCAUUUUAGGGAAAUAUAUAUAAAUUCAUGUAAGUACACCUUAAAUGUUAGAAUAAAUUGUUAAUGUGAUAUAAUUGCAUACACUGUUAAGACCCUUGUAAUGAGAUUCUACGAUUGCGUUAUCUGAAGUAAUUUCGGUUGUUCGUUCCUAAUCAUUUACCUGAAGAUGGUGCGCUUUGUAUUAGAAUUUGCUCAAUCGAGUUUGAACAUGAAACUACUUUUCCUACAUUUCUUAACGAAAUUUUAUUAAAUAUGAAUUAUUUUAUGGUAUUUUACGAUUUGAAUUCUUCUUGUAAAUCGUGUACAGUUGAAUAUUUUGAUUAAUCAUAUGACUGUUACUUAGUAGAUGCCUAUCACGUCAGAAAUGGACAUCCUUUUCAGAAUUUCCAAUAGCCAAGAUGGAUGAUUUGCACAAAAAUAUUUAUGGGAAAUGUAUGAAGUUUGUAUAAAAUGUAAUAGCUGACAGUACUCUAUGAAGAUAAAGUUUUGAAGUACUCUAAUUAUUUCGUCGAAUGCACAGUGUAUUUAUCGACUUACAUUGUAUAAAUUAAAAGAACAGUAAGCUGGUAUUGGGAGCAUAUUUUCCGAGGUUGUGAGUUUUACUAUCGGGAAUGAGUUCACUUUUAUUAUUAAUGUUAAUGUACUGUUUCCUUUCUACGCACAACUAUGUUGUGUGUUUUAUGUAAAAAGAGUUUGCUUGGUUUGUUUCUUAGAUGUACCUACUUUUGUGUAUGUUUUCCCCGUAUAUAUCCCGCUGCGUGCCAAUAGCAAACAGUAUGUUUUAUUCAGUUAACUUAUUACCUUUAGAAUGAGUAAUUCAUUGCAUUUAAUGAAAAAUAUGUAGUCAUAAGUGUAAUCGAAAUCUGUGUCUGAUUUCAUCACAGUAGUCACGUACUCUGCAUGUGUUUCCGUCGUUUUGCUAUUGUUUCACGGCUUUGUGAACAACCCAAAUAGAAUAUAGGAAUAUAAAUACAUAUCCUUUAUAAAUACUCAAGUCGAUUUCAAAUUUCUGUCGUUACAUCAGUUGUGCAAUACAUAUAACAAAAUGCUUAGGUAGGUAUUAGGUAUAUUUUCAUUUGAAUUUACAAAGAAUGCAAAAUCUGUUGUAUUUUCUCGAUAUUUUUACUGAUAAUAGGAGAGGUAUCAACGAUCUUGUGGAUGCCUCUUGGGAAUUUAAGUCAUAAUGUAUAAUUAUUUUUUAAGCUAAGGCCGGGCCAAAUAUUGCAUUAAUUUAGGUCUUGCGGCACCUGUCUGUGUCAAGGCAGCCAUUUCUGCCCUGUGUAUAAAUUGUACUUCGAGUGAAAACAUCUCAGUGGCUGAAUGAAAAUUAAUGUUUAACGACAGUGUUAGAAAAAUUGUUAUAAAUUAUUUUGAUGACUGUUCGAAGGAUAAUAAAGAGUUGGAUGUCA